ACCUAAACUAUCUCUGCAGGAGAGCUCUGGUUUCUGCAGGUACAGGUGAAUCUGGUGGGAGAACCAUGUCUGGAACCAGAAAGGAACUGGAGGACGCCUUGAGGUGCUACGUCACAGACAUUCUCACCGACAUCCAGACGGUCAGAGAUUUCUGUGAGAAGUUCUCCAAAUGGAUGCUGUGGAGGGAAACUGAGCUGGCAAUGAUAAGGGACAUCAAAGACAGGGCAGACAAAGUCAGCAACUGUGCCACAUCAGAGGGGAAAGGUCAAGCCUUUAAGAAGUAUGUGAAGAACAUGUUCACCAAGACAGGCAAACUGUAUUCAGAGCUGCAGAAGGAGCUGGAGGAGGUGCUGAUGGACACUCUUGGAGGUUUGGAGACACUCCAGUGCUUCCUGGACGCCAUAGAGAAGCUGGCGGUCAGCUCUGUGUACGUGUUCAUGGAGAACCAGCUGAUCCAGCUUCCUGAAAACAUCGGCUUUGAUUACGUUCAGGUCGUCAUCAACACUGCAAAACUCAUCUGCCCUCUCCUGCUGGAGUUUAAAAGAGAUGCGAGCGUUUUCUUCCUUCCCAAAAUGCAAAACGCUGAGGUGCUGGCAUAUCAGCUGGACAGAUACAUCCAGACCACAAAGAAGAUGUGUGAGAAGAUGGAGAAAAGCUGUCUGAAUGAUGGCUGCCUGACGGAGACAGAAGUUGUGGUGAAGCUGGAUGUGGAUUUGUCUGAAUUUAACAUGCAGAGGAUGCUGGACCACAUCAACCAGCUUAAAGACAUACGGAUGGACCUGGACUUCCGGAUGGUGUUCUUGUUCCAGGAAGAAUCUGGUUCCAUCUUCAUGAAGGAGUUUAGUGAGCGUCAGCCCAGGAUGCUGCAGUUUCUUAAGGAGCUGGAGGAAAAUGCUGUUCAGCUGGACAGGAUGAAGAAAGGUGCAAAGAUCUCCAGUGUUGCUGGCAGCUCGGUGGGGGCAGUUGGAGGUGUGCUGUCCAUCGUUGGUUUGGCGUUGAUGCCUUUUACAGCAGGAAUCUCCUUAGCACUCACCAUGACAGGCAUAGGGAUGGGCGUCACCAGUGGAGUCAACAGUAUCGUCACCACGGCCACUGAGUUGGGGGUCAACCGGACGCACCAAAAGAAAGCUAGCGAAGUCUUCCAGAGCUUCAUGGAGGAUGUGACCAAACUACAGGACUGUCUGGAGGAGGUGAGCAACAGAGAAAUCUCCAAACCGGAACCUAGUAGCAUAGAAUUAGCUGUGGGAGUCGGAAAAGUGGCUUUCAAAGCUGGAGGUGUCUGUAAAAGCAUUGAUGGAAUUGUUGAUUUAGCUUCUACAGCGAAGCUGUUAAAAAGUGAGGAACUGGUUUCAAGUGCAAGUAAAGCGGUGGCUCAGGAAGCAGCAGCUCUCCGUAGCGUUUCCAGAGUGGCUUCAGACAUCCCUGACAUCGGUCAGGCAGCUGUUAAAAGCUCUCUGGGUAUGUCCAAGUCGGCCAGAGCCGGCUUAAUCGCGGCCAACGCCCUCUUCCUCGGCCUGGACGUCUUCUUCAUCUGUAUAGACAGCAUCAGCCUGGCCAAAGGCAGCGAGACGGAGGUGUCACAAUUUAUCAGAGCCAGAGCUGCUCUGUGGAGCUCAGAGAUGGACUCCUGGAAGAAAAUCCACGACUCGCUGUGUGACGGCCAGCAGACAUCAGGGAAGAAGGAAGCUCUUCUGGAGACGCAGUUUUACCUCAACAACAAGAGGAGGUCCUGCCUGACUAAGAAGAGGUCCUGCCUGACUAAGAGGAUGUCCUGCCUAACUAAGAGGAUGUCCUGCCUAACUAAGAGGAUGUCCUGCCUGACUAAGAGGAUGAACAAAUAAAAGAUCAAUUGCUAUGUGUAAUCAUAGAGUGAGUUAAAAAAAAGGUCCAGAAAAGGGAACCUUUGAUAAAUCAACCGAAAUUUGCUUGCAAAAUCUUUCAUUUGAUUGGUCCACGUUGCAUUUUUCAAUGCUUGAGAAAAAAGUAAGAUACCAAAUUUUCUUGGGUUGUAGAUCAUGGAUCACUGCGGUCCAAAUGGUGAUUAUUUCAAUUCAGAUCUUUCAGCCGUAUCUUCACAGAAACACUGGUCUCACUCUUGUGCAUCUCUAUUGUGAGUUCCUGCUGUUCCAUGUCUUUUCUAUUUCUCCGUGUUGUUAAAGAUUAAUGUAAAUAUGACUCCUUUAUCAGUUUUUACCUGAUGAUCACAGUUUUCAGUUGUUUUAAUCAUUACUUUUUAUUGAAUUGCCAAUUGUUAGCCUGUUUAAUUGUUCUAAUGAUAAUCGAUGAGUAUUACAUAUCAGCUACUUUAAGUGUGAAUCAUCAAUGUUUACUGAAAAGAUGUCAGAAUUCUUUCUGAGGAUAAUCAAUAAGCACUUAAUGAUGUUACUUGAUAAUUUGAUCUGCAAUGUGAAGCAACGACUUCGAAAUUUAAUGAAAUUGUAUUCUGAUUAGAAUCAAUGAGUAUUACAUAUCAUUAGAGGGUGUGUGAUUCACAUUACAGUUUACUGAAAUCAAGAAUGAAUUUUUUUCUGAAGAUAACAAUCAUCAAUAAGCACUUGAUUAUGUUACUUGAAAAGAAUCUAUCCGAUCAGAACUGGAUUACGAAAACUAUGCAAAACUCUAAAAUGAAUAAACUCAGCUGGGGUGGGAUUUUAUAAAUGCCCUUUUUCCCACUCCUUCUCAAGCAAUAAAUCAAGCUGUACUUUACUUAAGUUAAUGAUCAGUAUAUUUAAUUUGGUAAUGCGACUUGAGUGUAUCUUUGUUUUUGUAUUUUUUCAUCUAUGCAUUUUAUCAUUUCUGUCAUGAGUUUCAUGAAUCUGUGGGUAUUUUUCAUAAUUAAUGUUUCUGUUUUGUUUUUAAUAAUAAAGCAGUAUGUUGAUGAUUGUGUGUGGAGCAAAAUAAUUGUAUGCCGUGAUUGCUUUUGCUUUUCCCCUUCAUAAUUUUCCACCUGGGCUGGGUUGUAAAUGAAUGUAAAAAUUACAUAGAACUAAUUUCUCCAGUUGCAAAAGAACAUUAGAGCUGCAAUAAAAGACUGAAUAUGUUGUUAA